CGCAUGCGGUGCUGAUCGCAUCGCAUUCCAAUGUGAGCGAGAUGUGAACCGCCGCGCGGACUUCACGUCUCCUUAAACCGUCCUCAGACGUUAUUCUAAAGGGAAUAAGGAAUAAAAAAUGUCCACCAUGAAGGAGUCGAACACGUGUCCGGACGGUUACAGGGCAUUGAGCACGUGCGAGCUGAGGGACCUUUUACAAAACGACGACAAAAUGGACCAAAUCCUUCGACUCAAUGAAAAGUUCCAGGAGCUCCAAGUGGACCGGGAGACGCUGCAGACGACCAAUCGGAGCCUAGCCGAGGACAGCCUCGCCCGGCGACCCCGCCUUUGCAACGGCAAACUCCAACUGGCGGAGAAAUACCGGGAACUGUCCAACCUGGCAACCGCAUGCUGGGAAAAACGGAGUCAGCUUGAGGCUCACGGUGAGAAGCACAGCCUGCAGACGGCACAGAACCUCCUGCAGGAGGAGGUGGCUCGUGCCGAGGAGCAUUCAGAGGAGCUGUUGGAGAAGUUCAUGGAGGGAAACGUGAGCCUGGACGAGUUCCUGGACUCCUUCCAAAGCUCCAGGAAGACGUACCACGUCCGGCGGGCUCAGGCGGAGAAGAUGCAGGACGCCGCACGGGCCAAGCGGCCGCCGAGCAAAGCCAAGAAGACAGCGAUGACGACGACGGCGGAGGAGAGCAAAGAGGUGAAGAAGGACUCUGAGCAGCCUCAGGAGCCUCAGAGGCCCAACGGCUUCGUAGCCCAGGGACCCCUCAGGGUGUUCCAGGUCCGCUACGGCCUCACGCCCGCCAUCCUCCUCCCACAUUACCCCGUCUCUCCCCCCGCCUCGGCUCCGAGCCACCAAAGUAGCACCCCGCCGCCCGAGUCCCAGCUGGGUCAUCAGACCCACAUCCUCGGCACCGGCAACCCGCUGCCGGGACACGGCCACCAGCCGGUCGGCCUCAGGGUCAUCGGACAGUUACCGGGCGGCUGGCCGGCUCACGGGCGGCCGGUGAGAGUGCAGCAGCUUUACAGGCCGAACCCUCAACAGCCCGAACCGCCGUACCGAUAAGCUCCAUGAGGAGGAGGAGGAGGAGGAGGAGGAGGAGGAAGAGCCGGGUUGACAGGUCCUCUGAGACAUGGAACCAAACAGUGGCUGUCACAAUCACGUAAGCUAAGACUGAUCCAGAGACAGGCAGCACCGCAGACAUCCGUCUCUGUCCUCCAUCCAUGACACACACACACACACACACACACACACGUACGUACGUAACCAGAGCAGAGGCGGCGGGUGACUAGGACUCGGAGGAAGGACUAGGGAUGGGCUCCGAUGGUCAUUAAUAACGAUUCUCUAAAUCAAAACCUCCUCAUUUACGCGUUUGGGCUUUUUGGGUUAAAAUUAAGACAUUAACGCUCCGCUUGUGUCCGACCGCCACAGUCUGAAUGUGUACUAGCUAAUCGAAACGCAGCAUUAAUGUGCAUUAAUUAAAGGUAUUUCAUUUAUCAAAACUUCAAGAUUUCAAGAUGAUGCAUUUCAUCAAAAGAAAUGCAUCAUUUCAUCAUUUAAUACAAACAUAAUACUGUAAAAGUGGAAUUUCGGCCAGGAAACGUAUACAUACGAGAUAUGAGGGUUGGUAUAGAUAAUCUCCAAUAAUCUCUCAUGAUGGAGAUUUAGGAAAGCAAAAUAGAUUUUCCUUUUUUUCCCCGCAAAGUCGUCUGUCUGUUAAAACUGAGCUCAAUAUAAUGUAAGUUAAAGUUGUUUCAGGUUAACAUUCGUAGAUCCAAACCUUUAUUCUAAUGACCAUGUUCUCGACGUGUAAAAGGUUCUGCAGGUUCUACUAAAAAGUAAAUCAUUUUACGUACAUUAGAGUUUUUAUUCAAGAGAGCAGCUCCUGAUUCUCAGCUGGUUGAAAUGACUGAAGCUCAUAAACAUCUAAAAUGAUCAAACAUUUCAUAAAUAUCAUGCUGCUCGUCUCAUUGUCGGGUCCAGGUUGUGAUCAUGGAUGAGGCUGCCGUUAAAGACGGUCAUGUUUCUUUCUCCUCAGCCGACAAAACGUGAUUAAAAUCGUAAUAUUUUCACGUUUAAUCACUUUUAAAAGUUUAACAGUAAACCUGACAUUUGAUAAGCGAUUUAAAAUUAUUCCGAUUUGAGAAUCGGACUCAAUACAAUGCUAUCGAGCCCCAUCUCUAGGCAGGAUGUGAACGUUUUUAUUCUUAUUUUUUCAUUUUAAUUUGUUUU